CGUGGCUCAUCCUUCAGCAGCGUAUCUUCGGACAAAAGCUCAAACUCAUCGGACUUUGACCGAUAUUCCUACGCGUCUUCGUCAGGACAGACCACUCCUGAAGAUGACGAGGAUAAGGUAUUCAAACUUGACGUGCGGCAUACUUCUGCCAGUGAGAGCGAGGCGAAGCUGCGUCCGGUCUUGCGAGGCAGUCUUGAUAUGAAGAAGGCCGCAACUGCACUCAAUUCCCGUCAGCGCACGUUGUCUACCGUUGUGAAAACCAUGAGCAGGGCUUUUACGGUCUUUAAGAAAAGGAAGUCAGAGGAGGAGGAGCCGGUCUUCAUCGCCAGUCCAUUGCGAGAAAGGUUUGGAAGGAGGAUUUCGGUCAAAAUGAGACCAGAAGAGUUCUACAGCCUUCCAAACCGAUAUUUCUCCGUGCAUGAUCUGCCUCUGCAAAAGGCCAAGACUGUUGGACACAAGGCGGAAAGAAGGAUAGCAUCUAUCUCGGGGCCGCCGUCCUCGAAUAUCAAUAAGCCAUCCCGUAGACUGCGCAGCCCUAUUUUCAGUCUUCCUGGAUUCGUCGAGGAACUACAGGCCGCUACGCCUUCGUCGCCAACUGUGGCUACGCAAGUCCCUCUUGCCGACUCUUCCCCUGGAGAGCGUGAAUCCUCCCAACGUAUUCUCAUCGGUAUUCUCCGCGUGGCACUGUUUGUUCCCUGGUGCGCAGCAGUAGGCGGGGCGCUUCUUCUGUUCCCUCAGAAGCUCGAGGUUGUGGUGUUCCGCCCAGGCUAUCUCGAGUCCUUACAAGGUAUUCGCCGUUUUGCGCACUGGGCCGAGUGCGCAUUCCACCAUGUCAUGAUCUUCCUGGCGCUCGUCGUCGCGCUCGCGUGGUUCAUGUAUGUUUGGACCGGCUUUCGGGUGGACUCGAACAUGCCUUUGGGUUGUGAUGAUCGCCAGAGCUUGUACUUGUUGGCGAAGGGCACGGCGUUUGCGGAGCAGACGGUUCUUAUUGGAGGUUGUGGAGGAGAGCCGAGGAGUGCGCGGUUGAUCGAGGAUUGAAGUACUGAUGUCAGAGUGCUUAUC